AUUUUACUGAAGAAGAUGUCGAAGACGAAAAAAUUGAAAAGUUUGCCCCUGCAAGUACCGUCUUACCACGUGAUAAGAGCGAUGACAUAGACUUCCAUUUUGCACGUGUUUCGCAAAUGAAGAAAGAAAGUAAAAUACCGGAAUUGGAAAAGUUAGAUAUAGAUACUGAUAUAUCAAAUAUUGAUUUAUUUGAAGAGGAAAAUAAAGAAGACUUUCAAUCUCCUGCGUCAUUGUUUGCUACUAUUGGAGAUGUCAAAAAGGCAUCAACAACUUCUGAUGAAGGUUUAAACGAAAGCAAUAAGUCAUACAGUGGAAGUUCACAAGAAUUUGCUGUAUCUAGAGCUUUAGGCAAAUAUCGACUUCGAAAAUCUACAUCUGUAUCUGAUGAACAAAUCGAACAAAUUUCUCCACCCAAAGGAGAAGUGGAACCACAAGAUGAAGUAGUUGAAGAAUUGCCGCAAAGACAGAAGGAAAAGAAAGUCCGAAAGCAAAGUACUCCUGAAAUAAUAAGUUCGACAGUGCCGGAGGAUACAAGUCAAGCUAUAUCAGAACGAAGUCCAUCUAUCCAAAGUAAUCGAGGUAUACAGAACAAAUUUCAACCAAGACAUCAGCAAAGCUUAGAAAUACCUAACAAACACGAUGAUGAUGAUAGCAGAAGUACACAUUCCUGGAGAAGUGGCUCUCGUGUUUCUUCAAGAAGACAAAGUACAGAAGAAAGUAUUGAUUCUGAAGAUGAGUGGUACUGUUAUGAAUUAAGAAAACUUGAAGAGAUGGAACAUCAAUCGCAACUUGAUGCUGAAAGACAAUUAACUUUGGCUGAAGAACCAGAAGAUUAUGAAGAGUUAGAACAACCUGAUGACAAUUUGAAAGAAAAAAUGGGUUUUGUCCUGAGAGAACUGAAACUUAAAACGGCGACCGUGAAGGAUAAAUACGACGAAACUCCUGUAAAAGAUUCUUGGAAAGAUAUAACUACAUUUCCAGCUAUUGAGGACAAUUCUGAUACCCAAGAUAAACAGGAAAUGCCAGAAGAAGAGUAUGAAGAUGACAAGUCGUUUGCGGAUUCAGGUUCCGGAGAAACUUCAGGGCCUGACAGUCCGGUACAAAGUGGAGAUGAACUUGAUGAUUACGACAUGCCUCAAAUUCACGAAGGUCCAAGGCCAGAGCUUGUUCAAGAAUCUCCACCGCAACAAGACGCUGGUGCAGCGGGAGGUAUGGGAAGUAAAUGGAAACUUCUUAAGGCGUUAAAGGACCGCAAAGCUGAAGAAAAGACAUCGGAAACACCUGCUGCGACGACUCCAUCUACCGAGAAGGAUAAAGUCAGCGCCGGUAAUGGCUCCGGCGGCAAGGAUCAAGGCGGACGAGGCAAUGGCCAUCCCGGAGACAAUCCAUUCUACAGUUACAUCGACAGUAUGCCAGAUAUACGGCCAAGAAGAAAAUCCAUACCUCUCGUCUCGGAACUUGUUCUCAAGACUAUGGCUGCAACCAAGAGGAACGCAGGUUUGACAUCUGCUGUACAUCGGGCUACGUUAAAUGAUGAAGAACUGAAAAUGCACGUCUACAAGAAAACCUUACAAGCCCUCAUCUAUCCUAUAUCAUCAACAACGCCUCACAACUUCGUCCUUUGGACUGCCACAUCACCAACUUAUUGUUACGAAUGUGAGGGUCUCCUUUGGGGUAUAGCCAGACAAGGAGUCAGAUGUACGGAAUGUGGCGUCAAAUGCCACGAAAAGUGCAAGGAUUUGCUCAAUGCCGAUUGCCUACAGAUGUGUUUCGCAGGGGCUGCCGAAAAGUCUUCCAAACAUGGGGCCGAGGAUAAGGCUAACUCCAUCAUCACAGCUAUGAAAGAAAGAAUGAAGCAACGUGAACGAGACAUGCCCGAGAUCUUUGAACUUAUCAGGCGGACUUUUAACGUCGACCCAGACACUCACAUUGACAGUCUCGAACAGGCCAAGCAAAAUACUAUAGAAGGAACGUCCAAAUGGUCAUGCAAGAUCGCCAUUACAGUAAUUUGUGCUCAAGGUUUAAUCGCGAAAGACAAAAGUGGAACGUCAGAUCCUUAUGUCACCGUCCAAGUCAGCAAAGUGAAGAAACGAACUAGAACAAUGCCCCAAGAAUUGAAUCCCGUUUGGAACGAGAAAUUUUACUUUGAAUGCCACAAUUCAUCUGACCGGAUCAAAGUACGUGUUUGGGAUGAAGAUAAUGAUUUGAAAUCCAAACUUCGACAGAAACUAACAAGAGAAUCAGACGACUUCUUGGGUCAAACUAUUAUUGAGGUACGAACGCUAUCCGGCGAGAUGGACGUGUGGUACAAUUUAGAGAAGCGAACAGACAAGUCUGCCGUCUCCGGAGCCAUUCGGUUGCAUAUCAACGUGGAAAUUAAAGGUGAAGAAAAGGUGGCGCCAUAUCAUGUCCAGUAUACAUGCCUUCAUGAGAAUCUAUUUCAUUAUUUAUGCGAAGAAAACGGUGGAGCAGUUACCUUACCAGCAGCAAGAGGAGAUGAUGCUUGGAAGGUCUACUUUAACGAGAACCCUGAAGAGAUCGUUGACGAAUUCGCCAUGAGAUACGGCAUUGAAGCUAUUUAUCAAGCUAUGACCCACUUUCACUGUCUUUCAACGAAGUAUCUAUGCGCGGGAGUACCAGCAGUGAUGUCCACGUUACUAGCUAACAUCAAUGCGUACUACGCACACACAACUGCAUCUUCAGCUGUUUCUGCUUCAGAUAGAUUUGCAGCUUCUAACUUUGGAAAAGAAAAAUUCGUCAAACUCCUGGAUCAGCUUCACAACUCCCUCCGGAUCGACCUGUCCAUGUACAGAAACAACUUCCCUGCCUCCAGCGCUGAGAAGCUCAUGGACCUUAAGUCUACAGUCGACUUGCUUACUAGUAUUACGUUCUUUAGAAUGAAGGUUCAAGAGCUCAGCAGUCCGCCACGUGCCAGCACAGUCGUCAAAGACUGUGUAAAGGCUUGCCUUAGAUCAACAUAUCAAUUCCUCUUUGAAAAUUGCUACGAAUUAUACAACAGAGAAUUCCAGGUGGAUCCAAACGAAGCGAAACGUGAUCCAGCAGAUCAUGGACCCCAGUUGGACUCAGUAGACUUCUGGCAUAAGCUCAUAGCUCUCAUAGUGUCUGUGAUAGAGGAGGAUAGGAACAGUUACGCUCCAGUUCUUAAUCAAUUUCCUCAAGAGCUUAAUAUUGGACAGCUGUCUGCAGCAACUAUGUGGUCGUUAUUUGCCGUGGACAUGAAAUAUGCUUUAGAAGAACAUGAACAGCACCGGCUAUGCAAGUCUUCCGCAUACAUGAAUUUACAUUUCAAGGUGAAAUGGCUCCACACCAACUACGUGAAAGACGUACCGCCAUAUUGCGGAGCAGUACCGGAAUACCCAGCCUGGUUUGAGCCGUUUGUGAUGCAGUGGCUCAACGAGAACGAUGACGUUUCCCUAGAGUACCUUAAUGGGGCUUUCAACAGGGAUAAGAGAGAUGGGUUCCAAAAAUCCAGUGAACACGCUCUGUUCAGCAAUUCAGUUGUUGACGUAUUUACACAACUGACGCAAUGUUUCGACGUGGUCUCCAAGCUCGAAUGUCCAGAUCCUGAGAUUUGGAAACGGUAUAUGAAGAGAUUCGCUAAGACUAUCGUCAAAGUUUUGGUCGCUUACGCUGAUAUUGUGAAGAAGGAGUUCCCUGAACAUUUAAAGGAGGAGCGAGUGGCAUGUAUCCUAAUGAACAAUAUUCAACAACUGCGUGUACAACUUGAAAAGAUGUUUGAAGCCAUGGGUGGUACGAAACUGGAGCGGGACGCAGCUGACAUCCUUCAUGAUCUCCAACAGAGUCUGAACAGUACGCUCGACGAACUUGCUUCUAUGUUUGCUAACAGUUUGGAGACAAGAAUCACAGCCAGUGUGAAAGAAUUGGGCGAGUUGCUACAAAAAGUGGGUGGCGGUGGUGCACCAGGUCAACCACAGCCACCAGCGCAUCAUGAAGCUGACGAAGUUCUACGACCGCUUAUGGAUAUUUUGGAUGGCUCCCUCACGAUGUAUGCGGAGUCAUGUGAAAAGACUGUACUGAAACGACUCCUGAAAGAACUGUGGAAGAUCGUCAUGAAAAUAUUAGAAAAGACUGUUGUGCUUCCGCCUAUGACUGAUAAGACGAUGAUGUUAAAGAAUCUAACCAAUAACGCGAAAAACUUAGCUGCAAAUGCAAAAAUUGAGGACAUGACUCAACUGUUUAAGAGCACGGUUGGCAAGCAGGACGUCAAGCAUGCGCUAUCCGGAGUCAUGGAUAUUUCUAAAGAGCAUCUAUCAGCAGAGAAGAGUCUAACACCAAAGCAAUGUGCAGUACUAGACGCAGCUCUCGACACCAUCAAGCUUUAUUUCCACGCUGGUGGCAAUGGCUUGAAGAAAACGUUCCUGGAAAAGAGUCCAGAACUACAGUCAUUGAGAUACGCGUUGAGUUUGUACACGCAGACCACUGAUACGCUGAUCAGGACUUUCGUAACUAGUCAGCAGAAUCAGGAUGCUGCAGUAGCUGAAGAAGGAAGCGUUGGAGAAGUGUCACUCCAGGUAGAUCUCUUCACACAUCCAGGCACGGGUGAACACAAAAUCACAGUUAAAGUGGUAGCAGCAAACGAUCUCAACUGGGUGAUAGCCAGCGGAAUGUUCAGGCCGUUCAUCGAAGUGAAUCUUAUUGGGCCACACCUUGCUGAUAAGAAGAGAAAAUUUGCCACCAAGUCGAAAGCUAACAAUUGGAGUCCUAAGUUCAAUGAGACUUUCCAUUUCAUGGUGAGCGCAACGGAGCAAUUGGAGUUAUUCGAGCUCCACGUCUGCGUGAGAGAUUACUGCUUCGCUAGAGAGGAUCGCCUCGUCGGCGUCGCCGUAAUGCGUUUAGCUGAUAUUGCGGAACAGGGUUCAUGUGCAUGCUGGCUGCCUCUUGGGAAACGAGUCAAGAUGGAUGAAACUGGAUGGACAAUCCUCCGUAUCCUCUCGCAGAGGCAUAGCGACGAAGUGGCUAGAGAGUUCGUCAAGCUGAAAUCAGAGAUGAGAUCAGAAGCUCCCGCUGGACAGGCUCAAGGACCAUCGUGAAGUAUUUGAGGUCAAAUCACGUGACAAUCUUCUGCGAACGCUAAAGCUGCAAGAAUUCUUUCAAAUCCAGGACGACUGGACGAAACCGGUUGUGAAGUUAUACCUUCGCACUCUUGAAAGUGCUAUAACGAGAAUUCCUAUGGAAACAAGAGAAAUCUUUCGAACUUACAAGUCUCUCCGCGAAUGGAGAUUUUCAAGGACAUGACACUUGGCGCUCCGGCAGUUCCCGGUCAGUGCUCGUUCAUUCCGUUUCUUAAUCAUCUCGUUGUCGAGAUACGUUUUGUAAAUAAAUUACGGAGUUAAGUUACGCGACUAGUGGUAUAUUUUGCACAAACUCGUAAAGAUUAGCUGAAAAGACUGACCGUAGACGGCUGAGGGCGCUGCGACGUUCACUGGUGUUUAAGUAUUCAGCAAAUCUUCUUGAAAUAAUACUAUCGCCGUGUUUUUGCACGCGAAUAGAACAAUAUUUUCCUAUCUUCCCUUUAUUUGUUACUUCUGGCAUAUUGAACACACUGUUGACCUCGAAUACGUAAAUAGACAUUAAAAUUUGGACGAUGUCUUUCAUACCAAAUCCUAUUUUAUUACUCGUGUAUCGUUUCUUUUGCUGGAUACGUAACAAAGUGGACUUGUCACACACGAUUUAUGUAAUAAUAUUUAUAUGGACCAAACUGUCGUAAAUACGGAUACAUUAUCCUUAUCCCUUAAUAUUGCAUUAUUUAUCUAAUUAAUCAUCUACUCGUUAUACGUGUACAGUAAAUAAUGUAUGGCCUUAUGUAAAUUAUUUCCCUUGUUUGUUGGUAUAUUUUGCUUGUCGGUUAGACGUGUUAACGGUAUAUUGAAUGUUGAAAUCCGUUUAUCUUGUAACUGCGUGGUGUAUAUGAUUACGCAUGCAUGUUUGUUAGGAAAUGUGUGUUCUAAAAAUGGAAUUAAUAUAGAUAUAGACAUGAUUUUAUUCUAAAAAUGUAUGGUCUUGUCAUCUUUUAUACCUCUUUUUACGUCCCGUUUUUGAGUGAUCGACAUCGUAAUGUGGUCCUAUGUUUUCUAAAACUACCAGACAUGUAAAUACCAACUAAAAUGUUAUUUAAAAAUAAAUAUAUAUCACAAACUUUGCUAUUAUACUUUAAAUACGC